UUAUUGCUAAUCAUAAAGGACUAGUCGAGAUCUGCCAUUAGAUAUAAUAAUAAACAGGGCUAUAUUUACACGAAGAACAAUCGCACAAACAAAAAUAUUAGUAAUUCCUGAUGCUUGUAUUUUCAUCAAUCAGUCUGACUAUAAUCUAGGUACCUAUAUGGUGAAAGAGCACCGGUCUUAUCGAAUACCGAUUCUAGCCGCACAAGAUAUCUAACUUUACAUUCCACCCAAUAAUAUUACGAAUAGAAAGCAAAAAAUGGCAUUAUAAUACUUAGAGCGAGCUGAGAUGGUGACCCGCGGGCGCCGACGCAGUCCGCCGCUGCUGCGCGCGCCUCCUCGCGUCUCGGGCAGCUGCUGCCGCUGCAGCCACCACUCUCACACCCCUCACUCUCACUUUCGUUAAGCUAGCAAUCAUGACCGCGAUGAACAGAGCUAUGGUCGUGGCCGGCAUCAUAACCGUGUUCCAGGCCGUUGGUCAAAUAGUGUUCGCCUCGCUUGCAUUGCUGCAAUACUUUUGUGUCAUCGAUUUCCUAAGACAAUUUCCAAUUCUCAUCUUCAUUAAAAUAUUGUAUUUUCAUAACCCUAGUACUUGUGCGGCGCGUAUAAACAUAGGCGAAGCGAUAGACGGUAUGCCGAACCCAGCGUUUGUGUUGUUGAGUCGGGAGCCCUUCACAGCCACCCGCACCUUCUACAUCAACUCUGUAAGCCUGGCUGCAGGCGUCCUCUGGCUGAUCACAUGUUUUGGCAUUAUGAGAGGUGGUGCAGAGAAUAAACAAUCAAAACCCAUACGAUGGCCGUGGUUAAUGCUCACCGUAGCGAUCUGUGGAUUAGAUUUAGUGGCCACGGUUACUUACAUUAAUGACACAUUUCAUACAAAGACUCUUUCGGAGUUGGUGGACUUCGCUGGUGGAAUAACAAGUGGGACUGGCAAUGUGGAGGUGGACACAUCUCUGACCGCCUGGGUUAUGGUCAUUGUGUACUCAAGGUUCGCCGUGUUGUUCCUCUUGAACAUGACUUUGAUUGUCACCGUAGUUAUCCACGUCAGCGCCAAACGCAUCGUUGAGAACACUGGAGUUCAGGUGGAGGCGGUUCGCACAGUAACCACAGACGCGAGCACGUCCGCGGACGUUUUGGAUUCUGAGAGCGAACCGAGUGAGGUUCAACCACCCACGCCCAAGAUACCGCGGCCAGGGCUCAGUCAGUCGUUCCGGGCGAUGAAGGCCCGCCUGUUCCACAGGAACCGCUCCCCGGACCGCGCCAGGGUGGUCGCGCAACUUGAAUCUGGACCCAACUCCCUCAACGCGUCGCCGGAAAGAUCACCUCCGGUGCAGCACGUGGAUAUAGACAAGAAGCGCGGCGUGAACUUCCCCGAGAACCUGCUGUCGCUGCCGCAGCGGCUGGAGAACAUGAUAGCUGAGCAGCAGCGGCGAUUGGACAAGGCUGUGGUGGACACGUCUGGUCGGCACUCACCGCCCCGCGUCUCGCAGUCCCUGCCGCAUAUCGCGUCUACUUCGCAAGACACUCGCGGGCGACGCGGCACGGCGGCGGAGCUCCAGGGGCAGCUACCCUGGGCGUACAUCCCCGCCUCCGCACAUCGCAUGCGCGACCAACUCCCGCCUGAUGAGGACCUACCCCCUGUCCCGUUACCAGACUAUACCGCUAUUCCGUCAUUUAGAAAAGCUUCCGUACACCGCGCCGCUUCGAGUUUAAGUUCUCUAACGCAAAAGCGGGAUGAGAAGUCGCAGUUACCACGUCGUAAGUACAAAUCUCCUCUUACGCAAUCGGAUGUGCUCUACUGAAAAUACAACUUUCUGAAACGUAACAGAUAUCACUACGAUGGAAUAUUCCUGAUUAUCCUUUAUUUUUUGUGUACUAUCUUUACCAAGGUGCCUACAGACAAAAGAACAUUCACAUUUUUCUGUGGACUAAAUCAUUGACCUACAUUUGUUGUAAUUACUUCACUUAUAAGUAGGUAUAUUAAAAAUAAGUUUUAUAUCUAAGUUUAUGUUAGAUAAGUAAGUACUUGACGAAUUUAGUUAAUUUAACUGGAUGUAUAUGUGAGUAAUAUUAACUGCUAAAAUGAAUGAAUUUUAUGUGAAGGACGUGUGUAUAAUAAUAAUAAUUGUUCUAAUCGAAAUGUUGAUAAUGUUAAUAAACUAACUUUUUGUACUGAUUAGGUGCUUCUUUUGAGUAAAAAUGUCGGGAAGAAUCAAAACUUGUGCAAAAUUGUGAUGAUAGAUACAUGUUCUACCAAUUACUAAUUUUCACAAGUUUUCAUUACAUAUUAAGCUAAAUAUAUGUAGGUUAGUGUUAGGACGCUACACAGCCUGUCAUUACAAUCUUUCGACUCUCAUUAGAAUGAGAUCUCGUUAAGGAUUGUAUUGACAAAUGAUUUAUAAGACAAAUAUUUGAAGGGAUCAGUCCCUCCAGGCGCACGUGCCCGUACUGUAUUGUACAGUACACCUCACAGCGAGCAUCCAGUACUCGUCCAGCAUGCUUCUUCUGGAGUACGUUCUUUUGAGUUAGCAAAGAGUAACGUAUGUUCGUUGUCUUCAGUCCUCUUUAUUUUGUAUAAUAACAUAAAUAAUUAUUAUAAAUCAAUGGAUUGGAUAUUCUGCUAUUCUAACGUCCUGUCAACCAUGACAUCUGUGAAACCGACGUACGGAAACAUUGAUGUAAAAGGAAUGUUAUUCAGGAAUACUGUGUUGCCCAUAGACUUACCAAAUUAAGCCUGUAGAAGGAGCUUGCUGCGUGAGUAGUUGGUGAGUAGUUGGAUGGUCGCUGUGAGGACUCGUACAAUAGGAUGCGGUUAGGAGGGCCUGGAGAGCCUCGUCCCGACAUCAGACGUGUCAAAGAGCUGACUGCGCGGCAUAUAAUGGCAACACAGUACUCCUAAUGUUGGUUUCAAAUUCAAAUCAGGAAUUCGAUUUCGAUAGAGAUAUAUAAUUGAGCCUUGUCUUGAUUUCCUUGUUCUGUUGUUCUGAAGUCGUGUCAACGACGUCUGUCCAUCAUCGAUUUCCCGAUUUAAAUUUGAAACCGUCAUUAGGAAUACUGUGUCGCCGUUACAUGGCGGGCUACCUGCACUCUGACAUUAUGCUUAGUUUUAAUCAUGAUUUUUCUGUACAAAUCCGACAAACUUAAAUAAUUUUAAGAUUUUAAAUAAAUACUCUGAUUUAAGUUUAUA